UAUCCCAGUCCGUGCCUGUGUGGUGUUUGUAUAAUAGGUUACACUAUGCUCUAGAAUGACAUUUGUAGUUUGUAGUUAUUAUUUAUUUUAAAUGAAAUAAUCUCGCUUAGCUAGUUCUGCUUAUUAAUAAAUCCGCUGAUACUGCCUCGUAAAGUUGUGAAUUAUUUAUUGAUCGGUAUGAGGUUAUGAUAGGCGAGUUCACCUGGCUUACAUUCUGUGUCCAAUGUUUACUAUUAGAUCUCUUUUUUAUAUCUAUAAUGAAGAAUAUAGCGGAUCGGCGGUACAUGAACUAUGACACUGAAUGCUAGUAAAAACAUCCAGCCAAAAUGAUUGGCACAGUGUCCAGUUUGGAAGAUGCUUGUCGUCAAGCUCAGGAUAUGAUUGACCAAGUGCCUGGGUGCUGGAAAGAGUUUCAGACUCAGAAUUGUCUAAAUUCACCCUUAAAUCCAAUUCAAUGUGGCAAUAAAAAGGAACAAAAUCACUCUAAGCGUAGCAUUCAGUCAAAAUUGACAAGACUAUAUUUUGAGGAGUUGUCAAAAGUUCCACACGCAACACCUGACUCUGUUCUGAACAAUCUCGAAAAUGAGUGCGACCUUCUGGGUAGAUUGGUACAAAGAGAAGGCCUCCAUACGUUAAUUGUAAAUCUCUAUGCUGGCAAUAAAGGAUACUCAUUAGGGAUAAGAAACAGCAGUGAAACAGGACAUACAUUCGAUAAAAACACAUUAUUAUCUGAGACUCAGUUAAUGGGGUAUGAGCAAGGGGAACUAUUAUCCUCAAUAGACAAUGGACAAUUGCCUGCGAUCCUAGCUGAACAAUUAGAAGGAAGUCAUUCGCAUUUAUUUUACGAUGGAUGUAUUAUUGCCGAAGUACGAGAUUACCGUAAAGCCUUUCCUCACGCCAAGCCUGAAGUACAUCAUGUUCUUCUCAAGCCUACAACACAAAGUGUACUCUCGGAUGUCUCGACACUAACAAGCGAUGGAGAUUGGAGCCAUGAAGAACGACUCGUCUUGGAGUCUCAUCUGGUGGCUGCUACACAGGGACCGCUUUGCCUGGAUCCCAGUCCAGCGCCUAGUUUGGCAACUACUCGGAUACGUCAGUCGAAGGCCCUAAUUACUGAUCAUCAGUUAAUGCGGCAGGCUAAAAAGUUUUCUCAGGUUACAGUAAAUCGAAAGAGAAAAUUAGAACAGCUUGCACAGCCUGAGGGCUUGACAAUUCAAGACUUGAUGCAGAAAUUACGUACAAAAAGGGGACUAUCAACAACCACUGCCUGCCCGUCACCGUCUCUUAUUAAUCCUCCACUUCUUCCACCGAGCACACCGAUUGAUGUUCUAAGGUAUGCGAAGGCGUACGAGCGACCACGGGAAACACGAGACUGUCUACCACAACUUAUAGAAGAAUAUAUAUUAGAGACUGAAAGGGGCCAAGGUCGAAUAUAUCAUAUAAAGCUUUCGAUUCUACAGAGACCUUCGAAUUCUGAGUACCUUGGUGAGCUUUAUGUAGAUCGAGAUCAUCGAGAAGGAGAAAAAAAUGGAUCGGCUUGUCGGUUCAGUCUUGGUACUAGAGCACAGGCAAAUCAUUAUAUACAGCAAUUUACGGAAAUAUUUACAGAGGAAGGUAGGAAAAAUGUGCGAAUAAAACAUGUUGUACCAGGGCAGCCCCCUCGUGUUACCUGUACUCCUGGAAUGCAGCGUGCGCAUCAACAGGCACAAGCACAAGCAGCUCAGAUUGUAGCCCAGCAACUGCAACAAGCCCAAUCGCAGCACGUCGCCCAGCAGAUCCUUACAAGAGCUCAAGGACAAUUGAAUACGUUAACAAGCCAAGUAGCUUCCAUGAAAACUGCAUCGGAUGCAUCGAGUUCCUGUCAAGCUAAUUUGGCAAGCUUGGAUCUAUCGGUUGUUCCAUCUACGGCAGAAGCAACAACAUCUAAUUCAAUUCCAGCGAUGAGUAACGGCAUGCUACAUAAUACAGCUACUGUUCAAGUAGAUGCUUCACCGAUGCCGGGAGCCGACGUUAAUUCCUGUAACGGUUCAGGAAUCUUAGUGUUUCAGCAAAAGCCUGCCCCUUGUGUAAACAAUAUAUCAGCUACGAAUGUUCCUGUUCUGCAAGCCCAACUGCAAGCUGGUACCCAGGGUAACAUUAGAGAGACUUCGAGUCAGAGUCAGGGAGAGACAUCUUUCAAAAAGCACUCUACGAAUCCUGCAAUAAGUGCUCUUGUUACUUCUCUCAUGAAUUCAGCACAACAAUUUCAGCAGCAAGCUGCAGCUAAUGCAGCUGCUGCAGCCAUGAACAAUAGCGCGCAGGCUAGUACAAAAUCGAAUAACACUGCUAUUCUUAGCUUACUGAACAGCAGUCCUGCCAAUUUAACUCAGCAGAAGACUCAACCUCGAAGGAUCUCCUUAAAUGCUACUAUACCACCUAGGGUGAUCGGGCAUGGCAAUGUGAUCACCGUUCCUAAUACUACAGGCCAGAUAGCAAAACCUGUUACAUUCCAGGUGAGGGUAAGUUUUGCCCCUGCUUUGACGGGGCAGCUAGCAGGAAAACAGGCUGUGCGAUUGGCUAGGGUACAAGAUCCUGCUUCCACGCUCGGACUUUCAAUGCCCGGAUUGUCUGCUUUGCUCGCUGGUACACCUUCGGCUGACAACCCGAUUCCUGGAAUUAAUACAACUUCCUCUUUAUUGGAGAGGCUAACAGCCUCCUCGAGUCAAAGUAGCCAACCAUCUAGCCCUAUGACUAGUCCACCAGCAACGAAUGUGAAUUUACAGGGAGUCAAUCUCACUAGUCUACCCAAUUCAAUAAAUGGUCUACAAAAUGUUCAGGUCUCUUUUCCUGGCUUAUCUCAACCAAUAACGAUGUCACUCAAUGUUUCGGCAGCUACAGGAUCAGUUACCCCGAGUGGAGUAAUCGUAUCUGUUCCAAUAUCAUCUGGUACCAAUACGUGCACGACUGUUUCCAGUAUGGUAUCUGCAACUGUUGUAACUACUGCAGUGUCUGGGAGUAGUCCGACAGUAGUAAUUGCUAACCCUGCCAAUACUCAUUUGUCAUUACCAAUUGCUCAAAUCAUACCAUCAGGAGUAAAAGGCUUAUCACAACAAAACAUGCAUAGUACUAAUUCAGUUACUCUUUCACAGGGAGGACCGGCGAUACAGCUUGUUGGAUCUCAGAGGCAGCGGCUUAAUCAAAUCGCCCGUCACGUACAGCCAAAUCAAGCUAAACCAACUAUUAUGCCGAGCCAGUUAGUAACUGUUGCAAAACCUGUACCAGCAAAUCAUCUGAUUUUGUCUGGUAAUAAACAGGUGUUAACUCCAAUUGGAGGUAGCAAACCAGUGCUGAUGGCGACUCAAGCUCCAUCUUCCGCUAGGGUAGUAUCUGCAAAUAAGCAAACGUUGCUUACAAAGUCUUUGCACACACGACUAUCUACAGGAUCCACCAACCUGCAGUCUCAGAGCCUUGGCAUUACAGGCUUAUCGCAGCAACAGUUGCAGAGGACCCUUGUGAAGCCGGUCCAGCUGCAACAAUUACAAUGUUUAGCUGCUCAACAUAAGGCAGUUGUAGUAGCUGGAAACUCGCCAAAUAGGACGCAAUUGCAACAACAGCGAAAUAAAUCUACUCCCGGGGAAGACUCUCUCUGAAUACGUUCAAAUACCUUAAAAUAAGUCACUUUGAAUUAAAAUAAUAAAAGCCUCUUUGCGAAUGACAUUGUCAAGUACAUUAUUAUACAUAUUAUAGUAUAUAUUUUACGUAAGUAAAAAAUUAAAUUUACACGCCGUUCAAGCAAUAUACCAUCAUAUUGGGUACUGUUUAUUCAUUGAUUUUCGUGUAAAUAAUAGAUUUCUUUUCAAUGUAUUGCCCUGAAAUACAUGAUUUAUUUAUAAAAAAAAUUAAGCAGCAGUCAGGAAAACGGUGAAAAUAUUAAAUAACACGUGCAUGUACAAUAGCGCACCUGCACCAAAGCGAAACAAAAGUCUUGCAAAACCAUUCGAUAACGCAGGGGGGCUGGGGAAGGGGGCUUCAAUUAUUGUACAUAUUAUAUAUACAUAUGAUAUAUGAUUUGUUUUAUAUAAAAAAAAAAAAAAAGAAAAAAAAGUAAUAAAUAUUCCAUUUUUAUUGAUUUUUUUCAUCCUACUAAUUUCUUAACUACAAUUGAUUUCAGUUUCCAGAAGGUUGCAAUUAUUUCGUCUUGAAAAUUAUCACAUUCGUAUGCUGUGUCGCGGAAGAACGUUCACGUUUUUUUUUCUCUUAGAAGAGAGUGCACAAAAUUGGAAAGGUUAAAAAUCAACUUUUCACUGGAUAUUUAACUCUAUCAUUACAAGAUGGGUAGAAAUUUGAUUGUAUCAAACAAUUCAAAUUUUUUCUAUAAGUAGUUCGGUUAAUCGAGUUUUCCAAAGGGGAAGUUUACAACUUUGAAGUUUUAUCAAAUAUCUUAUUAUGUAUGUAUAAUGUACCUGAACAAUCAGCAAUGAUAUGUUAUGUGUUAUAUAACAUUGAAAUGAUAGGAGCUUACCUACUAUUGAAUAAAGCACUGUUACAAGUAUUCUGCAACUGAACUUUAGUAAAAUGUUUGUCCUGAAUAUUUCAGCCACUUCUCAAUUAGUCGCGCAAUAAAACGAGAACAUUAUUACGAGCAUCGAUGAACACAGUAGAUAUAUAAAUAGAUAAUGUUAUUUGUAAAUUAUAAGGAAGUUAUAACAUAUCUGUAAUAAUGUUCCUAAAUAUCUGACAGAAAGCUACUCGUAAAAACAAUUUCAACCAUAUUUUUGUCAUACAAUUCAUGAUGUGUAUUUGAGAAAGACAUUUCUUUGUAAUACAACACAAUAGCUUAACUGACAAUAUGCAACAAAAAUUUAUAGAAUCCUUCAGAAUAUUUUAAUAUCAUUCGACAAGUACAAACUUUUCUGGUAGAAUGUAAAUACGUAAAUGAAACAUACCUUAGUACGUCAUUUGAUUGAAUGAUUAAUUUCUCAAUUUAAUCCCCUUAUACACAUGGUUUGAAUAUGAACUAUCAAAUUAUUAUGUAGUAUAAUUCUUUUUUCGGUGUAAUAAGGUGUAUUGGAAAAAGCAACUAAUUGCUAAAAAUAUUUACUUACAUAAUAGCUAACAUUUUGAACAAAAUUAUUAUAAUACGUUUCAUUUUUUUUCGAUUCCAAAUUAACUCUAAGUAGAGAAAAAACGAGUGCAGCAUUAUGAUUUGCUGUAUGAAAAAAAAAAAAUAAAAAAAAUACUUAUAAAUGCAAAUAAAUUAUGUUCCAACAGCUGCUGAAAACCAGGUAAUUGUUCACGUUUUCAAAGUAUUAAGUUACUGUCAUUUACGUAACCUCGUAGUGGGUGUAAUGUAUUGGGGAGUAAAAAAAAAAAAACAAUUUUAACCACGUUUAAGACAUUAUUGAAACUUUUUUUUUAACUGUAUUAAGGUACGUACGCGAAAGCGAAGUAUGAUUUAUUUUAUAGAGUAAAGCUAUUAUAAUACUUUGAUAAGAUACUUAAGACUACUGGCUAACUUCUGUAGCUUCUGGAUCUAGAAUCUAUCGAGUCCAAGCAAAUCACAAAUUUGACACACCGACUGCAUUGUUAAGUAUGGAUAAUAACCACCAGUGCAGUUAAACAAUUGAAAUGGAAAGAAAAUAUAGCAUAAAGACAAAAGAACUUACAAAAUUCAUAAAACAUGUCUAAUAACCAUAAUAUAGUAUAUGUAUACAUAUAAUUAGAGAAUUACUUGUAGGAAUAUGAAUAUCUACAAAGUAAUACAUUCAAACAACAGCUUUGUAGAUUUCAUUUUUUCGUUCUAUUAAUCCGAAUGAGU